GCUUCUUCCAAACCGGAAGGGACUUCUAUACAGUAGGCUUUUAAAGCUAAUGAGUUGAACAAAAAUGUUUAACGACAGCGAGUUAGCGACGCUGCGCAACAGAUUUAAAAGAGAUGCGGAGCUUCUCAUGCAGACGACGACGUCGGCUGUCGACGGUGAAAAGAGUCAGGAUGAAAAAGAUCAGAAACCUCUCCCUCGCAUCAACAGACACUCCGUUUUCUGGAUCGUGGCAACUGUAGUUGUGACCUACUAUACAGAUUUCCUGCGUGUAAUUAUGGAGAACGAGGAUGUCAAGAGCUGGUGGUUUAAUGUGGGUGUGAUACUUCUUGGGAUCUGCUUGUCUCUGGCCACGUUUUGCAUUGUGUACCUGGAGUGGUUCAAAGGCAUUCAGCACUAUGACCAAGAGUACCCUGCUAUUCCUCCCAUUACCACUGCAGCCUUUAUUGCUGCAUCAUGCAGCUUUAAUAUUGCACUUUGGCCAGUGUGGUCUUUCUUCACUCCACUAAUCCUCUUCACGCAGUUCAUGGGCGUGGUCAUGUCCAUUUCUUUGCUUGGAUGAAUGACCAAAGGAUGGAUCUGCAGAAAUGCUAAUGCGCAAGACGUCCUGUUUGUUCUCUGCUUCUCUAGAACUCUCACCGAUUCAGUUAAUCUACAGUCAAGAAGCUAAUCUAAACUCACAGUUUUAGAGCUAAUUUUGUGACAUUUCCGUUUCCUUCUUCAUGUGAGAUGACAAGAUACCUAAAGCUAAAUCCAAAGUGUAGAUUGUUUUUAUGUUUUAUGUCUGUGCUUAUAGUGUGUUGUAUUUUCUAUUGUUUUGUUUAUAAAAUAAAUAAAUCCUUCUAACUUCUUUCAAAGAAUUUGUGAAAUUGUCAGCAUAUUGGUCCUCAUCGGCCCCAGUA